AUGUUACGCAGUAUCUGCAUGCAGCAUCAGAGGUUGGUGGACAAAUUUCGAAGUGCAAAACUGAGUGCACCUCAUUUGGAACAGGCCAGUGCAUAUUGCGAAAGGUAUUUCACAUUGCUGGGUCGCAUUUCUUCGUGGGAUAUUCCUGAAGGGCAAACAAUUCCUGCCGAUGUUAUUCCGGAAUUGCCUUCAUCAUCAAUGCAGUCUCAGGUUUGUUGGUUUCAAAUUUGAAA